AUGGGUAGUAGCUUUUACCACAAUAUCUGUUCCCUCUUAGUCGUCGUUCUAGCAAGUACUCAGCUUGCUAUUGGAGAGCCAACUGAUCCAACAGAUGGAUUUGUUGAACUCCCAUUUAAUACAUCCUUUUAUCACAUCCAGAAGCCAUAUGAUAUCCCUGUAGACCAACGAUACAGCUUCAUUGAUGGAAUUCACAAGCUCUGGGUCUACUCCACUGACAAGCCUUUAGCUAAGAAUAGUCCUACAAAUUCUCGUACAGAAAUUAUAAUCCAAGGUUAUAAUUACUCUUCGGGGAUUUGGCAAUUUGAAGGAUAUGGAUUUGUUCCCAAUGGAACUUCUGGUGUUUGCAUCAUGCAAGUCUUUGGAGCAAGCCCUCAUGCCACAACUCUAAUGCUCAGACUUUUCAAUGGAACCCUUUCAUACUAUAGAGCUCCUGUCCUAGUUUCAAACAUCUAUGAUAGGUGGUUUCGUCUCAAUGUAAUUCACGAUGCAGAUGCUAGCAAAGUGACGGUUUACAUUGAUGGGGUUCAAGUGAUUGAAGCACCUGGAAGAGGUGGAAAAUAUCAUUAUUUCAAGUGUGGAGUAUAUUCACAACCUGAUGCUUCUUACUACAUGGAAUCUAGGUGGAAAGGAAUCAAAAUCCUAAAAAAAAUGUAA